AUGGGUCGCGUGUUCCUCGAGCAUUUAGGCGGUACACGCCUUUUCACGUGCGCAUCGUGCGACACAAUGCUCACGAAUCGAAAUGAACUUAUUUCGACGAGGUUCACUGGGGCCACUGGCAGGGCCUUCCUAUUCAAUAGGGUUGUUAACCUCAGUUACAGCGACGUCCAGGACAGGGUGAUGUUGACAGGUCGACACAUGGUUCGCGAUGUGUCCUGCAAGAACUGCGACGCCAAGCUGGGCUGGAUAUAUGAGUUUGCGACGGAGGACGGCCAGCGUUACAAAGAGGGAAAGGUGAUUCUGGAAAGGGCUCUGGUGGCUGAGAAUGAAGGCUUAGACGAUAGAGAACCUGCACAUGCAUAG